AUGAAAUUUCUUGAUAUUGCUUCGCUUGACCCUAUAAAUACCGCUUUGGUAUUUGAGAAUCCCGAGUGCAGGGUCGUGGGUCGAAUAGAGACGUACUCUUGUAAACUUGCUGGCGUUGACAAGAAACUCUAUAAACAUCUUGAGAGUCGAUGGAAUGCAGAUGUCUCUCAGUCUCUUAGUGUGUCUCCCGAUCAACAUAGUUUCUACAACAUAGUAUCCCCUUUUGGUUCCAUGGAUCAACCAUCUUCUCGCCGGACCUUAUUCAACUUGAUCGCAACCUUGAAUGCAUCCUACCCAGAUUAUGAUUUUUCGGACGUCAAACCAGAUCAAUUCACUAAACAACCAUCUGUUCCCAUGGUGUGCAAUUACAUAAACAACACCCUCUUCAACCUUGGUCACUCUUAUAUAGUAAAUGAUUUAAAUCUAUGGCAAGUAAUCGAUGAUAUCGUUGAAUUGAACGAAUGUAGUGUUUAUUCGUUCAAUCCGGAUAACGAUUCCGACCCAAAUGCUGAAGAUGGUGCGAUCAUCAACGCUCCCUUACAAGAAGAUGAACCUAUGGACUCGGAGGGCGAUUUAAACGCAAUGUCGUAUGAAGAAUAUGUUAUGGGAGAUAUCGAAAUACAACUUGGAAAUAGGAAAGUGUUUGCGAAUAGCAGGUUGGCUGAAAGUCGAUUAUGA